AUGGCUCUCAUAGAAUCCGAACCACAAUGGCCUCCACGAUCGCCCGGGGAGGUCCUCCUCAGCACACCCGGUGGCCGCGCCCGACUACGGCGCCUCGAAGCAUCACGAACCUCGCCCUCUCCCUCUCGCGGUGGGCGUGCCGGAAGCCACAUCUUUGACGACGCGGCUAUGGGCGGAGUAGCAGGCGAGGACGAGGACGAUGAAGAGACACUGCAACUGCAGUUGCAAGAGAUCCAGGCGAAACUGCGCUUAAAGAAACUGCAAGCUGCCAAAGCACAAAAAGUGGCCGCUGGCGAGUCAUCGGCUCGGUCAACACCUGGGUCGGCGAAAAUAGCAGCUGGCAGCGGCUCUGCAACACUACACAAUUCCAGAUCGCCACAGCGCAGUACAGUGGAAGUGCCGGCGUCUCCAGUACGGCGACCACAAUCGGCAGUGGAGGCUCUGACGCAAAAGUCGCCCAAGAGGGUGUUGUUGGGGAUUGACAAGGGACUGCGCGGCCAGGAUGUCUCAUUACGGCGGCCGCCAUCUUCCUUCCGGCGAGGGCUGACGGGUAGUGCUAGCAGCUCUAGCAUCGAGGGAGGGGGUAGCAGCUCGUCAUUGUCACAGAGAGAACCAGCGCCACGGCCUCUAAGCUUCAACGAACGAUUAGCAGCGGCACGGACGCAAGAAGCUGCUCGUCAGGACAAGUCGGAACGCAUCCAGAAGCUGCGGACAUCGGGCUUCGACGUGGGCCGGGAGGAGAUGGAUCAGUACAAGGCCAAAGCUGUCGACAUCCCAGUCGUUGAGCGAGGGCCGCAAAAGUUCAGUCGGGACGACAUUUUGGGGGCGGCUUCCGGACGAAAGCAGUACGACGCCGACAGUGGUUCCUUGCGACGCAGCAAUACGACGCCGAAUAUUCGAUCCAAGUACAUGGAUGAAGGCGUGUCGGAGGGGGCAAAAAAAGACACUGCCACGGCAGAAACCGACGAGGCUUCCUUUGAGCCUUACAGCGGCUUCCAUCUCACACGCCGUAACCUCCCGCACUCCGUCGUGGCGCGCUCUGUGUCUGGCAAGACGGCGUAUACCAUCAAAGAUCUACUCCGUCUCGUCAAGGCACCUCAAUUCGAGCUCCCCCAGGUCGAGACGGAUGUUGUUGUUUGGGGAAUUAUCGCCGAGAAGUCGGAACCGCGGUCCCACAAACCUGCCGGUAGUGCUGCUGGUCCGGCUGCGAACCAAGACCGCGGUAAGUACAUGGUGCUGACGCUCGUCGACCUCACUUACCAGGUCGAGCUAUUUCUCUUCAAGUCAGGCUUUGAGCGCUUCUGGAAGCUCUCAACCGGUACCGUCGUCGCCAUUUUGAAUCCGAGCAUUAUGCCGCCACCGCCCGGCCGCCACGAUACGGGCAAGUGGAGCCUUGUCAUCAACUCGGACGAUGACACCAUUUUAGAGAUUGGCAACGCCCGCGACCUAGGGUACUGUAAGUCUAUCAAGCGUGACGGUCACCAGUGCAGCACCUGGGUCAACGCCAAGCGCACCGAGUUUUGCGAGUUCCAUACCAACGAGGCGGCGAAGAAAAUGCGCGCUUCACGUAACGACCUCAACGGUGCCGCUGGGUUUGGCACCAGUGACAAGAGCGCGCGGGGUGGGCGUGGUGGCGGCCGCGGCAGGGGUGGAGGGGACUACUCUUCCGGCCGGGGCGGCAAGAGCAACACGGGCUACGACUACAUGACGCAGAGCCAGUGGUUUGCCGCUGGCAGCAGCGCCAGCUCGCUCAUUGACAACGAGGCCCUGAACGGCGGGUACUCGGACCAGGUAGAGCGCAAGGAGGGUCUCAAGCGGCGCCUGGCCGCCAAAGAGCGUGAGUCGGACAUUGCCCGCAAGCUGAGCGAGAUUGGCACGGGCGCCGGCAAAGACUACAUGAAACUUGCGGGGCGCGGCCCAACGACCACAAAGAAGGGGUCGUCGUCCUCCACCACAUCGUCAUUUUCCACAACCCGUUCUUCCCAGCAGUCGCAGCUGUCGUCGUCCUCAUCCAUGACAACAGUCGGGUCCGCCGCUGAGCAGGCCGCUGCGUCACGGGCAAGUCUUCUCGCGUCGGUUGUCGGAAGACGCAGUGGUACCAGCGCGACUGGUAUUGGUAACAGUGGCCUGCACGUCCGCGACAAUACGCCCAAACUGGGCCACGAACCGCCGUCGACAACCGUCCAUCUCGGCCCAGCAAAGCGCAAGAGACCACAAUCGGCUCUUUCGAGUAGCGUGGGCGGUGGCAGCAAUACGAAUACCGGAAGCGCAGCGUCGCAAAGCCAAAGCGGUGAAGGUUUUGGCUGGGGCACGAACCUAAAAGCCAAGUUGGGCCGGAUGAAGGAUGGCGAGCGACUCAACAACAACCAAACAAUCCAGAACGGAUUCAAGCGACAGGCAGGAACGGCCACAGCUGGGUCAACUCUGACCAGCUCGGCGUCCACGCCCAUCUUGCCUGCACCCGAGCGGUCGCCUGUCCGUAAGAAAACACGCUUUCUUCUGGGUGGCAAGGGCAUUCGUGAAGCCGGGCGCGAGAGCCUUGGGACAACUGCUCCUAGCAACGCCAACUUUGAUGACGAUGAGGACGAGUUGGUGAUUAUUUGA